UUUGGAAUCUCUUAUUACUUUCAGAUGUUAAUGUAGUUUAAUUCCAUACAAGUGUUGUUUGAACAUACCAUUCUUUCAUUUUUUGCUUUUGAGUUUAAUCUUAAAUGUUGUUAUAAACCUCUGAUUCUGGUUAUGAGAAUUGGUGUUCGACCAUGAAAUUUAGACGAUGCCUUCAUAACUAGUCAUUCAUAAUAUGAAAUAACUCAUUUUUCGUCUUUAGUUUUGUGGCAUCUGAGCUUCUUCGACCAAAUGCUUGGUUCAAAAUUGCAGUUUUUCUUUACAUGUAGCUCUGUUUCCUCAAAUCAUUUCGAACCCUUGUGAUUGACAGCAUCAGAAUAGUUGCUGAACACAGUUCUAUUCACUUAUUCUCAAACUUCUACUCGAUUCUUUUAUAUCUUGUUGAGUUUUCGUUCAGAUUCGUUGUUUCUUCCCAGAAUUUUUGCCUGGAUUUUAGACGUCCUCUACUCAUAUUUUACAACUGGGGAUCCUUUUAUUGCUGCUGGCAUUAGAAAAAAGAGUUGGAGCAAUUAGAAAUUAAUAUCAUGAGUCUCUUUACAUUCAUAACAGGUUCUACGACAAAUUCUUGGCAGCCGGCCAUGACUGUCGAUACUACAACAGAAUCCUACUGGCUUAACUGGCGGGUUUUGCUCUGUUCCAUUUUGAUUCUAAUUUCGAUGGUAUUUGCAUCAACUCUUAUCUCCAAAUUCGAAGGUCCACGCAAUGUGAAAGAAGGAGUUACAGAAAAUGAACAAGACUCGGCUGGAGUCUUGUAUGAAGACGAAGUUUGGAAGCCGUGUCUUCGAAGUAUACAUCCCGCCUGGCUACUUGCUUUUAGAUUUGGUGCUUUCACCGUGCUUCUGUUAAUUCUAUUCUUAAACGUUGCCGUUGAUGGAGGAGAGAUUUUUUACUACUAUACUCAGUGGACUUUUACUUUGAUUACCAUUUAUUUCGGGCUUGGAUCCUUGCUGUCUAUAAACGGAUGUUACCGAUAUCGUAAAAUGGGCGGUGAUAAAUUUGAAAACGAGCACUUUGAUGCCGAGCAUGGCUCUCGUAGAUACUCGACAAGUGCGCGCAAUUCUAAUGCAUCAAGUACUACAAAAGGCAUGGACCUCAAUCAAGAACAUCCUGUUCGCCAAAUCGCUGGUUUUUGGGGUUAUAUCUUCCAAAUCAUUUUUCAGAUGAAUGCUGGAGCUGUGAUACUGACGGACACUGUAUUUUGGUUCAUAAUCGUACCAUUUCUUGCCGUUAAAGAUUACAGUCUAAAUUUUUUGAUUAUAAACAUGCAUUCGAUCAAUGUCGUUUUUCUGAUUGGUGACACUGCAUUGAACUGCUUGCGAUUCCCUUGGUUUCGAAUUGGGUACUUUUUUCUGUGGACGGCUGUUUAUGUCGUUGUUCAAUGGGUCGUCCAUGCUUGCAUCGCGCUUUGGUGGGCUUAUCCGUUUCUUGAUUUGUCGUCACCAUUUUCUCCAUUAUGGUACUUGAUCGUGGCACUGAUGCACAUACCGUGCUAUGGCAUAUUCGUUUUGAUAGUGAAGAUGAAACACUAUGUGCUGUCAAAAUGGUUUCCUCAGUCUUAUAGAUGUAUGCAAUAAUGUAAUUCGAGGUUUUGAGCUCCACCUUAGGACCACUCGGGGAAAGUCGUGCUUUCUUUGCUCGACCGGUACGCUUAUAGUAAAGAAAUAAAGAAAGGUUUUUGUUUAGUGACCAGCAACAAAAGAUAUGACAGUAUUUUGCAAUUUUUCAUGAAAAAAACCUUGACAGUUUAUUUCAUCUUGAGGGAUAUAUAGUUGAUAAUAGACUGUUAUAUGAUCAUAAAUUUGAGUCCAUACUUGUAUCUAAAUAGAUCUCAAAGAGAUAUACACUGAAUUUAGUAUGUAUAUCUUUGGCCCUUCA